AUGCGACGUCUCAUCGUAUUCGAUUUCGACUGGUCCAUGGCUGACCAGGACUCUGACAGAUGGGUAUUUGAAGUCCUGGCUCCAGAUCUCCGCCGCAAAAUGAAAUCCCUCAAGGACGACAUUCAGUGGACAGACUUGGUCUCUCAAUCGCUACGUGAAGCUCAUGCUCGUGGCAUAACCAGAGAACAGAUCGAGGAUGCCCUCAGGAACAUGCCUUUUCACCCUGGCAUGGUUCGCGGCAUCAAGCACCUCAAGGAAAAUGGCAAUACUACCUUUCUCUGUCUUUCAAACGCCAACAAUAUCUUCAUCACUACCAUCCUGGAGACAAAAGGCCUUCUGUCUGCCUUUGAAGAAAUCGUCACCAAUCGGGCAGAAUGGGAACCAUCCGGUCUCCUCAAUCUUCGUCGCAGGAUUGAUCCUCAUGGUCCACAGCAUAACUGUAUCGUUGGCUGCAGUCCGAACAUGUGCAAAGGUGAAGAAUUGGACGCAUUCCUCGCUCGACAUGCCCCUCUGUAUGACCAAGUCAUAUAUGUUGGCGACGGCUCCAAUGAUUUCUGCCCCAUUUUGAGAUUGCGAAGCCAAGAUAUGGUCCUAUGUCGAAAUUUCCGCGGUCUCCAGAAGCGUAUUGACAAAGACGGUGAAAAGCUUGGUCUUAAAUGUCAGGUCGAAUAUUGGGGUGGUGCAUGGGAAGUCGAAGAAAUCUUCAACGCCCUACCUUAGAAAUAGAGGCUAACUAUCCAUGUUAAUACAAGUCGAAGGUAGAGAACUUCGAUGGUCUCAUGAUAAUGAGGCGCAGCCAAUUGAAUUGUGCAGCAAAAG